UUCAGCAGAAUCUUUUAUUACGUUUUUUUAAGACAAAAACAGAGUAACUGAGAAAACUUUGUUUUUUCUUUUUCAAUUAUAUUUUUCUUUCCCUCCAAUCAUUUCCUUCUUUGUCGAUCUAAUAAAUGUUCUCUCACUUUCUCUUUAAUAUGGAGUGGUACUUUUUGUUUUCCUUUUUCUGUUUUGGGUUUUUGUUUUUUUAAUGUUCUUUGUUUAGGUUUUUUUUUUUUUUUCUAGUUUCCCGGCGAGAGAGGAGGAAGUGGAAGAGUAUAAGAAAGAAAUAUCUCUGCUUCUACGAAACUCUCUCUCUUUCUUUCACUUUCUCUUUCCCUUCCGUUUUUGUAUAUAUAAUUUUGGGUGAUCAAAGACAAAAACUCUAUUUGGAAUCAGCCCAGUCCAGUUUACUUCUUCAAUGGACCCUCUUUAACUACUUUCUUACAUACCAUUUUCUUCUGAAAGAAAGUGAUUGAAUGGAGCAACAGUCAAAAGGUCUGAUAUCAAGAAAAUCUGAAGGUCCAUCUAAUAUUCCUUCAGUCAACAUCUCUAGGAAAUGGGAAACUGGUGCAUGGGGAAUCCCACGUGGAACUGACACAUAUCAUUCAUCAAGUGAUGCAAGCUUGUUUUCUAGCUCAUUGCCUGUCCUUCCUCAUGAAAAAUUGAACUUUGCUGAUGUGGAGCAUUCAGGUCAUUCUGUUGAUGAUAACUCACCUAAUUUACAUAAGCUAGAGCUUGAAAAUGAAGGAAAGGACCCGCUCGAAGGUGCUGAAACAAAUGCCAUUGGAAAUUUACUUCCUGAUGAUGAAGAUGAGCUCCUUGCUGGCAUAACAGAUGACUUCGAUUUAAGUGGCUUGCCUAGUCAGUUGGAAGACUUGGAAGAAUAUGAUGUCUUCGGUACUGGAGGGGGAAUGGAAUUAGAUUUUGAUCCUCAAGAGAGCCUUAAUAUUGGUAUAUCGACGGUGAACCUAUCUGAUGGGGUUCCUGCAAAUGGGAUUGGUCAUUACCCUCUUCCAAAUGGUGUGGGAACAAUGGCUGGGGAACAUCCAUAUGGCGAGCACCCUUCAAGAACAUUGUUUGUACGAAAUAUCAAUAGUAAUGUUGAAGACUCUGAAUUGAGAUCUCUCUUUGAGCAAUAUGGAGAUAUCAGAACUUUGUACACUGCAUGCAAGCAUAGGGGUUUUGUAAUGAUUUCAUAUUAUGAUAUUCGAGCUGCACGCACUGCAAUGCGUGCAUUACAAAAUAAGCCACUAAGGCGAAGAAAACUAGACAUUCAUUUCUCAAUCCCCAAGGAUAACCCAUCAGAGAAAGAUGUAAAUCAGGGAACUCUUGUAGUAUUCAAUUUGGAUCCAUCAGUAUCAAAUGAUGACCUUCGCCAAAUUUUUGGGGCUUAUGGGGAGGUGAAAGAGAUCAGGGAAACACCACACAAGCGACACCAUAAGUUCAUAGAAUUUUAUGAUGUUAGAGCUGCAGAGGCUGCUCUUAGAGCAUUGAAUAGGAGUGACAUAGCUGGGAAACGCAUAAAGCUUGAACCUAGCCGCCCUGGUGGGGCUCGUCGAAACUUGAUGCAGCAGCUAAGUCAGGAGCUGGAACAAGAUGAAGCUCGAAGUUUUCGACAUCAUGUAGGUUCUCCAGUUGGGAACUCUCCUCCAGGUAACUGGGCACAAUUUGGCAGUCCUGUUGAACACAAUCCUUUGCAUGCUUUUAGUAAGUCUCCAGGUUUGGGAUCUUUCAGUCCUGUAAAUAACAAUAAUUUGCCCGGGCUAGCUUCAAUUCUCCCACAUCAUGUGCCUAAUUCUCCAAAGAUUGCACCUAUUGGUAAGGACCAAGCGAAGACCAACCUUACAAACCAGAUAUUUACUAAUACUGGAGCAGUACAAGGAGUGGCCUACCAGCAUUCUCGAUCCUUCCCUGAGCAGAACCUGAGUGCAAGUCCUGGACCAGUCUCUGCCUUUGGUGAAUCUAAUUCAAGUUCAGCCGGUGUUGGAACAUUGACUGGUCCUCAGUUUCUUUGGGGAAGUCCCACUCCUUACUCUGAGCAAGCUAGUUCUGCUUGGCCAAGUGGACAGGGUUUUCCAUUCACAAGUAGACACAGCUCCUUUCUUGGUUCAAGUAACCACCAUCAUGUGGGAUCUGCUCCCUCCGGUGUGCAUCUUGAUAGGCAUUUUAGCUACCUCCCUGAGUCGCCUGAAACAUCCUUUAUGAGUCCUGUUUCCUUUGCUGGUGUGGGUUUAAAUCGUAGCAAUGGAAGUUUAUUGAUGAAUAUUGGUGCUCGUGGAACUAUGGGUGCUGGUGUUGGUCUCCCAGGAAGUGUAACUGAAAAUGGUUCACCUAGUUUUAGAAUGAUGUCAAUGCCAAGGCAUGGUCCUAUUUUCCUUGGGAAUGGUUCUUAUCCUGGACAAGGAACUGCUGGAAAUGAAGGUUUGGCUGACCGCAGUCGAAGCCGGCGAGUUGAAAAUAAUGGAAACCAGAUUGAUAACAAGAAGCAGUAUCAGCUUGAUUUGGAUAAAAUUAUGAGUGGAGAAGAUACUAGGACCACUUUAAUGAUUAAAAAU